CCGCCCACUGCUGCAUUUCUCUCCCCGCCCUCACCUUGUCUUUUCUGCUGCUAUCCAGUUGUUGUCAGCGUUUGGAUACGAAGUGGAGAUCGACUGCGAGAAAGCCAUUGGUGGGAGAAUUGAGCAGCUAUGGCUACAGACUCUCCUCGCCGCCCCAGCAGAUGUACAGGUGGAAUAAUGGUCCGACAUCAGGCAGUCACGGAGCAAUCAUAUAUGGAGAGUGUUGUCACCUUUCUGCAAGAUGUAGUCCCACAGGCAUACACUGGCUCAUCUCCAACGGAUGAGAAGGAAAAGAUAGUCUGGGUCCGUUUCGAAAAAGCUGAUAUUAAUGAUCUUGCAAGGAAUCCAGAGUAUCAUGAAAUGAACAAUGCUGUAAAUGACCCCCCAUUGCUGCUACUCAUUGGAUACGCAGAUGGCAUGCAAAUUUGGAGUAUUCCUAUGAGUGGCGAGGCUCAGGAGUUGUAUUCUGUCCGGAAUGGUCCUAUUCGAACAGCCCGUAUCCUGCCUGCACCUCAGACAGGUCUUCACAAAAUUGAUAAUUUUGCUGAGAAAAGGCCACUCCUUGGUGUGUGCAAAAGUACAGGAUCAGCAGGCCCACCAUACUGCUGUGUGGAUCUGUACUCACUUCGAAAUGGUGAAAUGGUCAAGUCCAUCCAGUUUAAAACCCCCAUCUAUGAAUUGCAUUGUAACAAAAGGGUUUUGGUAGUUGUGUUACAGGAAAAGAUUGCUACCUUCGACAGCUGUACUUUCACCAAAAAAUUCUUCGUCACAAGUUGCUUUCCAUGUCCAGGGCCAAACCCCAACCCAAUAGCAUUGGGAAGCCGCUGGCUCGCCUAUGCUGAAAACAAGCUCAUCCAUUGCCAUCGGUCCCGUGGUGGAGCCUGUGGGGACAAUGUCCAGUCUUACACUGCAACAGUCAUCAGUGCUGCCAAAACACUCAAAACAGGACUGACCAUGUUUGGGGAAGCAGUUGGACGGCUGGCUGGCAGCCUACCCUCGGGGCCAGUUGAGGAUGAGGUUUCCACGCAUAGCACAUCCCGACGUAGCCCACACAUUCCUGGAGUUGUCACAAUCAUUGAUACUGAGACAGUUGGGGAAGGACAGGUACUUGUCAGUGAGGAUGCUGAAGGUGAAGGCAUAGUGGCUCAUUUCCUGGCCCAUGAUAAUAAACCCAUUUCCUGUAUGGCAUUUAACCCCAGUGGAAUGCUGCUGGUUACCACUGACACACAAGGCCAUGACUUUCAUGUAUUUCGAAUCUUGACACAUCCAUGUUCAUCCUCACAGAGUGCCGUGCAUCAUUUAUACACUUUACAUCGUGGAGAGACAGAGGCUAAGGUGCAAGAUAUCUGCUUCAGCCAGGACUGUCGCUGGGUAGUAAUUAGCACACUCCGGGGCACCUCGCAUGUGUUUCCAGUAAAUCCUUAUGGCGGACAGCCCUCUGUCAGAACGCACAUGUCUCCUCGUGUGGUAAAUCGCAUGAGUCGAUUUCAGAAGAGUGCCGGGCUGGAAGAUAUAGAACAGGAGCUGUCGACCAAACAGGGUGGGCGCUGCAGUCCAGUGGCUGGUCUCUCAAGCAGUCCCUCUGGGUCACCACUUCACAACAAACUGAGCAACCAGGACAGUUACAACAGCUUCACAAACAACAACCUAGGAAAUCCACGGCUCUCACCAAUCCCAACUCUGACGAUUGUCUUGCCCCUGGCGCAGAUCAAACAACCUAUGACACUGGGAACCAUCACGAAGCGUACAGGACCUUACCUGUUUGGGGCAGGAUGUUUUUCCCUAAAAGCUCCAUGUAAAAGCAAGUCCAGAUCAGCGCCACAGAUUUCUCCGAGCAAGGCUGGUGGUGGAGAAUUUUGCGUUGCUGCCACUUUUUCUUCAUCACGAUCCUGGUUAAUAGCCAAUCCAGGCCUAAAGCGGGAGAAAGAUCAAUCAAAACAGUCGGUAGUGGAUUCCCUGUUCAUUAUUAGUUGCUACGGCAACCUUGUGGAGCACAUAAUCGAGCCACGUCCUGUCAACACUGUGCAGAAGAUCAAUGAUGAUACUCAGCUGGAAUUGUUAACAUCUCCCCGAGCCAGCUGGUCUCUGGCCAGGACUCCACAGUGGAAUGAACUCCAACCACCAUUCAAUGCAAACCAUCCAUUGCUGCUUAGUGCCGAUGCUGUCCAACACUCUCAGAAUCAACUGACUGGGUUGGUUUCAUCUGUCAGUCCUGCACCAAGUUUUAUACGCCAUGAAUCUUAUGACAGCCUGGGAUCAGACAACAGUGGUCAAGAAGAUGAGGAGUGGUUGUCACAGGUUGAGAUUGUGACACACACAGGACCCCACAGGCGGCUAUGGAUGGGUCCACAGUUUCAGUUUAAGACGAUUCAUCCUUCAGGACAAACAACAGUUAUUUCUUCGAGUUCCUCAGUACUUCAGUCACAGGGACCCAGUGACACCCCACAGCCACUUAUGGACUUUGAUACUGAUGACCUAGAACUCAAUAGCCUGAGGAUCCAGCCAGUCCGCUCAGAACCUGUUAGCAUGCCAGGAUCAUCAAGGGUAAUUGCUGACCGAAGAACUCUUUCAACAGUGAUUGAUGCUGGAUCAGGAACAUUUGACCGUAGUGUGACACUAUUGGAAGUGUGUGGCAGUUGGCCAGAGAGUUUUGGACUGCGUCAUAUGUCUUCUAUCGAUAAUACAGAUGAAGGUCUCCGUGAACGUCUGGCAGAUGCCAUGUCUGAAUCACCGAGCAGGGACAUUGUAGGUUCAGGAACAGAGCUCCAGCGAGAAGGAAGUAUCGAGACCCUGAGCAACAGUUCCGGUUCCACCAGCGGAAGUAUCCCGCGCAACUUUGAGGGCUACCGCUCACCACUGCCCACCAAUGAAAACCAGCCACUCAGCCUCUUCCCAACAAGUUUCAACUAAGCAUGCCCUCCCUCCCCGCCAUCACUUCAGCCACCACCUCCAUUAACUUCGGAGCCUGUACCCCUCGCGUAGAUCAACAGAGUGGAACGUGAGACUUGAACUCUCUCUGCCCCUCCAGUAACGGCUAGACUGAAAGAAUGUCAUCUGAACAGUGAUGGGGGGAAGGGGGAAGAGGUGAUGGUUUACCCCUGUAGCUUCCAGUUUGUGCUGAUUUGUUUAACUUGCAAGUCCCCUUUGGGUUUUCUAAUUCUCCAGAGCUGGCAAAUCCCCUUGAUUCCCCACCAAUUUCAGACACUGACAAACGGAAGCGCUCAAGUUGCUGUAUCAAGGCUGCACUGACAUCUAUAUAAUUUCUUGCUUGUUUCCAUUUAACAGUUUAAACAUGUUGCAAAGUGGCAACCUUUGUAUUUCUAAGAUUAGAGAGAGCCAUGUUGUGUGUGUGGUUUUGCUUUAUUGCCUUAAAUUGACAUAGUUUCAGUUUUAUUAGAAACCUGCUGUUAUCUAAAGAGCACUCGUCCUUUCAGAGGAUUCCUGUGAAAGGAAUUCCAUCAUAUUAGACAGCACAGGGAAUAAUCUGUCCUCUGACUCCCUUAACUUUCCGAGUGCUGCUGAUCUCCUUGUUGUAGUGGGAUGGUGGGGUGCAGAAGAGGUUAGGGAAGUGAAAUGGUUAGUGUGAGCAUACUUGAAACAGCAAGAAUCACAGGAGUAAACUGUAGGCGUCUUUGAACUUAGUUCGAGACUCUGAGGCCUCUGUGGUACCCAGUUCCAAAUUCCAGAGGAAAAAAAAUUGAAAAGGAAUUGUGAGGGUGCAGUUUGCUAGUGGGACAUCAAUGCAAAAGCUCACAAGAAUCCCUUUAUGUAUUUGCUGCUGUUAAUGGGCAUUGUUUUCUCUAUCCAGUUUUGUCCCUCUUGAAUUGCUGAUUCAUUCUAGCCUGCAGGAUCCAUAGACAUGUCAAUCCUCAGGUAUUUAUUUCAUGUUACCAGGUUUCAUGAUAAUUUGGCUCUAGAGAAGAAUUGACUCCGUCCCUCAAUUAGGAGAAGGUGAGGACUGCAGAUGCUGGAGAUCAGAGUCGAAGAGUGUGGCACUGGAAAAGCACAGUCGGUC